CAGCACAUUUUCCAACGCACAAUCCCUCCCUCCAACGGCGCAUCACCUUUAUCACGGCCACGAUCCUCCGAUCCUACCGACAUACAUCCAAACGCAGAUCCGACACAUCGCUCAACCGCGCCGGCGGUUCAGACAUCCAUCGCAAGGACAGACACCAUCGAGACGGUGGCACAGCGGGAGGUCAAAAAGGGGAUCAAAGCGGUAUCUUUUAUCAGCAGAUUGAUGGGCGGAACAAGGAAAAAGGAUGCGGACGAGGAGAGCAUCGGGGAGGAAUCCUCGACCGGCGAACUCCGACCGGAAGGCAAUGAUGCGGAGGUGUUUGCGCAGUCGACGGAUAACAUGAGCUUCAAUGCCCGCCAUCCUCAGCCGCCAGCAUACAUCAAAGUUCGGUCUCGCUUCAAGGCGCGGCGCGACUUUGAUCGACUGUUUCUCGCGCAGGAGCUAUGUCCCAGCACACUUCCUCCCAAACUCGAGAGGCGCGAAACCUUCAACAAACUCAAAAGGAAAGGAUCGACCCAGGCGACGGACGGGAAUACCGUUUGGGCGAUGGAAUUCAGCCGGGAUGGGAAAUAUCUCGCCACUGCAGGAGCUGACAUGGUCGUUCGAGUUUGGUCUGUUCUCACCAAUCUGGAUGAUCGUCAUCAGCUAGAGCGGCAAGAAUCGCGGGAGAACGAGGUACAGGGCAAUGGGACCCAUGCCGAGCACUUGAGUGCCCCCGUAUUUCACAGCAAACCUCUACGCGAAUAUCAUGGACACACGGCGACCAUCCUCGACCUCAGCUGGAGCAAGAACAAUUUCCUUCUGUCUUCCUCCAUGGAUAAGACGGUUCGAUUAUGGCACGUCAGUAGGAACGAUUCCAUUCUCACCUUCAACCACAACGACCACGUCCCUUCAAUCGUCUUCCAUCCCAAGGAUGACCGAUAUUUCCUGGCAGGCUCGCUAGAUUCCAAAUUACGGCUGUGGAGCAUCGCGACGAAAAGUGUUGCAUACAUGGUGCAAGUGCCUGAUAUGAUCACCGCUGUGGGCUUUACGCCGGAUGGAAAGCAUGCGAUGGCCGGCUGCUUGAGUGGGCUGUGCACAUUCUACGAGACGGAAGGCUUGAAAUAUCAAUCGCAAAUCCAUGUGCGCUCAACACGAGGGCACAAUGCCAAGGGCAGUAAGAUUACCGGCAUUCGCUCCCAUUACGGUCCAAACGGAGCGACGAAGGUGUUGAUCACGAGCAAUGAUUCCCGCGUACGACUCUACAAUUUUCGCGACAAGAGCCUCGAGCUCAAAUUCCGCGGCAGCGAGAACAAUUUCAGUCAGAUCCGUGCAACUGUCAGCGAUGACGGGAAAUAUGUCGUCUGUGGUUCGGAAGAUCGCAUGGCAUAUCUUUGGUCGUUGGAUCACCCUCAAAACGACAAACAUGACAAGCGCGACAAGAUUCCCGUGGAGAUGUUUGAGGCUCAUAAUACUAUCACCACCGUGGUGUGUAUCGCUCCGACGAAGACCCGACAACAUCUCAGCAAAUCAGAGGAUCCUGUUUACGAUAUGUGCAAUCCCCCGCCUGUGAUGCUGCUGAGUCGUGCGGAACGGCAGGGUUCACGGGGGUCAGGUAUGCCAGACAGCCCGGAUGGCGAAAUCAAGAUCGGCGAAUCCAAGGACACAAUUGCCCAUGCAGCUCGUUCGGUACACAAAUCAGGCCAUAUCAUCAUCACCGCCGACUUUCUGGGCAAGAUCAAGGUGUUCCGGCAAGAUUGCGGUUGGUCGAAACGACGACAAGAUGAUUGGGACAAAUCAUCCAUCUUUACGAAGCGGAGUGGGAAGCUGAGCCGCGCAGAAUCCUUCGCGACGCGCACAAGCCAACGGAGCUUGAACGACAAGCGCAUGUCUGUCGCAUCCACGCAAGCCCCAUCAGAACGGAUCAUCUCCUGGCGGACUGGCGUU